CAAAUCCUCCUCUUUCUUUGCUGCUGACCGCAGAGAUAAGUAUUCAAAUUUUAUUGCUCUGUCUUUUUGCACAUAUUGGAUAUCUUUGUGUAGAUAUAUAUUAUUUUCUUUGUUCAUCUUUAGUUUUAUCUGUUCCCCCCCCCCCCCUCCUUGGGGGGGCUCUUGAUUUAUAUAUAUAUUGAUUCAUAUUUUGUGUCACCCCGUUUUUGGGGAAGGUUUUUUCUCUCCCUUGUCUGUGGGGUCAUUGGGGGGUUAAUUCGGCGCUUCCCCUCUUUUGCUUGUGGGACGUUUCUGUCCCCUGCUGCGCCUGUGCCUCUGUGAGGUUUUCUCUUCCCUCCCCCCUUCUUUUCCGGCGCCUCGUUCCCGCGCUACUCACCUCAGAGCGGCUUGCUUCCGCUUCCUCUCAUUCUUGCAGGAGCGCUCGAGAUCUCGCGAGAUCUCGGGCGCUUCCGGCUUCCGCAGUGUGACUUGUGCAGAUCGGAGCUCCGGCAGCCUCGGUCUGUCUCUGGUGCUUUUUUCUUUACAGGUUCUCAGCGUUUUUUCUUCCUACUGGCCUGGGGCAAAUCCCCAUCACCAGUACACUAGCCCCAGCAUAGUUGUGCAAGAUUUAAUCUUAUAUCAGUCGCAGUUUAUAGGAUUAUAUAUAUAGUCUGAAAUUAAACAUGCCUAACACUGCACAUAGUGGCCAGGGCCCUGCAGAGGAGGCUGUUCCUCUAGUUGAAUUAACCCCUUCGGGGGAGGAUGGUCAUGCUCUGACCCCUUGUGAUGGAGUUUUUGAUUUGCAGGCGUCACUGUCUAGCGCCAUUGCUGCUGCCAUGGGAUCUAUGACUUCGGUCAUUUCCCAAUCGAUUGCUCAGGCUCUUGCUGCCCAUCCCGCUACCUCCCAAACCCCGCAGCCCGUCAUGGUGUCUUCACCCACCGGGCCAGGACCAUCUGCCUCCAGAAAACGAAGUAACGGUGAUGAUGUUUCCACCAAUGUUGGCGCGCUUGGUCCGCGCAAGAGAGCCCGUACGCGUCGGGCAGAACGCACGCGCAACUGGAAAAGUGCUAGAGCACUGCAGGAAAUGGAUACCGAUUCUGAGAUCGGAUCUGAGGAGGAGGCUUUAGAUGACGCCUUUGAGGAGGCAGAGGAGGACCCAUCUGGGGUCAUGGAAGAUAACCCCUUACCCGGGUGCAGCUCCAGGGUUUCGGCAGCAGAUGUGUCCUUGACAGACCCAUCAGGGGAACCGCUCUUUGACCCGGAUUCCCUACACCACCCUCGGUCUGCGGAGUGGUUGCCGUUGGAGCACGUCUCCAAAUAUUUGGAGGCCCGCGUGCGUUGCCCCCUCUCCAAAGAGGCGCGCAACAAGCUUAGGGCAGAAUGCCCCAGACCCAUAAUCCCGAACAGGGUUUGCGAGACUCCAGUGGUAGACCCCAAAAUGACCCAAUUCCUCGCCAAAUCGGGGUGGAAUCCGAGAAAGGGUCUGGAGUCAGCCCUGCGUGCGUGUCAGGACAAGCUCCUGGACAUAUUUGGCCCACUGGCAAAGAUUUUCGACUUGGCCGAGGUUGCCAAGGUCGAGGGUAAGCUGGUAGACCCUCUAGAGCUGCGCGAGUGGGUGCAGCGCGCGAUUUGCGUAGCAGGAAACGUUAACACGUCCCUGGCUAUUGAACGGCGCAAGGCCAUACUUUUCAAGGUUGAGCCUAAACUCUCCAACUUGGCGCUUACCGAAGCCGGUAAGGAGGCUCAGGGCCUGCUGUUUGGCGAGUCCUUUAUUAAAGACUUAGGACGGUUCGUCGGUGCUUUUACAGCACUUGAUAAGGCCCAAAGUUCAAUGAAGCGGGUGUUUCAAGGUAGGGUCUCUACCAGGGCCGGCAGUUUCAGGGGCCGUCUGUCCGGCCGUGCCCAUUUUCAGUCCCGUGCUACGGGCAGAGGCUCCUUCUCCCAGAGACCUGCGUUCCAGGAGCAGAGGCGAGAGUCAUCAUCCUUUUUCCCUUCCCGGGGAGGAUCCUGGAGGCCUAGAGGAUACAGAGGAAACCCUGGUUCCAGACGACCUUACGGUUGAGAUCGAUCAGUUCCGUGGUGUCCUUUGGUCUACGUCCUGGUUCGGAGGGUCGGCAGUUCGGUUCCAGCCGGUCAUGUGACGUGGACUGCUUCAGGAGGUUCUUCACGGUUGUUCCUGGUGUUCCUGUUCGCUUCCGGAUGGAUGGCGCUUUUGUUCCCAGGCUGUUCCGGUUCCUGGUUGGCGGUUCGGUUGGACUGUUCGGUUUUACAAAGAAAGAGGAGGAUUUGCAGGCGGUGUGGCCUGUUAUAGAGAGACUAUGGGGAGGGGCUGAUGACAUGUGUCAAUAUUUUUAUUUGUUCUUUGCUGCUAUUGGUCAGAGUAAAG